CACUUCUGUUUGGCAUAGCUUCAAACGGCUGGCUGCUUUCUGCUUCAGAAGAGGAGGCUUGACUUCGACAGACGAGAGCCAGUUUGGUGUAGUGGUUAAGAGAAAUGGGAGGACUCUAAUCUGGAGAACCGGGUUUGAUUCCCCACUCCUCCAACUGAAGCCAGCUAGGCGACCUUGGAGCAGAUGUCUCAUCCCUGACCCAUCCCUGACCAGUUAUAAAGGAGCCUGAGAUGACUUGCUGUGGGACAAAAUCAGUUCUGGUGGUAACCGUUUGCAUUGCCAUCUUCGUGUCAAUAAUGACUCUUUCCUUCCUUCAAAAGAGAACAAUUGAUUUUGUGCCAGUAAUGAAGAAAAGCAUUUGCGAAGGGAUUCCUGCCGAUGACACCAUCACAGCCUUAAAAGAUAACAGAACCUUCAUCAUUGCUCCUUAUUAUGACAACAGAAAAAACAAAAUGACACGAGUGAUUGCAAUAGCCCAUCACAAAGAUGUCAAGGAACUUUAUUGCUGGUUCUGCCACCCAUCCAAUGAUGAAAUACACAUUUCCAAGGCUGAAAUAGAUGUCCAUUCUGAUAGAUUUGGCUUCCCGUAUGGUGCCACGGACUUGCACUGCCCAGAACCGGAAGACUGGGAACCACGCUAUGUAUCAAUACAUUGGUCUCCUUAUGGUGAUACCAAACAGCUACCAUUUUUUAAAAUAAAAAACCGUGAACCUGAAGGUUCUCCAGUGGACUUCACGGUCUGCAUCUCCACCAUGUUUGGAGAGUACAACAACGUCCUGCAGUUUGUGCAGAGCAUGGAGAUGUAUAGAAUCCUCGGGGUGGACAGAGUGGUGAUCUACAAGAACAGCUGCAGCCCACUGAUGGAAAAAGUGCUGGGUUUUUAUAUUGCAGAAGGAGUUGUUGAGAUCAUCCCCUGGCCCAUUGAUUCAUACCUCAAGGCCGCUUCUCGUUGGCAUUACUCAGAGGAUCCCAAAGACAUUGGCUACUAUGGCCAAAUCACAGCCUUAAAUGACUGCAUCUAUCGCAACAUGUACAAGAGCAGAUAUUUAAUGCUAAAUGAUAUGGAUGAAAUUAUUCUACCAAUAAAAUAUGCAAAUUGGAAAACCAUGAUGCAGAACCUUCAGGAGCAACAUCCUGGCGCUGCCGUUUUCCUCUUUGAAAAUCACAUCUUCCCUAAAACUGUAUUUACACCCACCGAUAUGUUCAACAUCUCCUCUUGGAGCGCAGUGCCUGGAGUUAAUAUACUGAGUCACAUCAUUCGGGAACCGGAUAGGAAAAAUGUCUUCAAUCCUCGGAAAAUGAUUGUUGACCCAAGGAAAGUGGUUCAGACAUCUGUCCACUCCGUUCUCCAUGCAUAUGGGGACAACAUUUAUGUCCCAAUGAAUGAUGCCCUUGUGUAUCAUUGCCGGGUUCCCCUACAAGCAAAUCUUCCUAGAGAAUCACUCAUUAAGGACACAACACUCUGGAGACACAACGUUUCACUCAUUGGGAAUGUCAGCAAAGUUCUCCAACAAAUCAUUUUGUAAGCAAAUGAGGGAAAUGGCACUGGUGGCCGUGGAUGUUGCUGAACAAUUUAGUGAAGUGGAAGUGCAGAGAGAACAGCAGUGGAAAAGGAAACAGUGGGGGACAGUCAUUCAGGGCUCUCCGUGGACAGCCAGUGGGAGUGUCUAAACUUACACAAUCACUUUUGCAGGUGCAACAUGCAAAAGGGGAGUUGAAAGAAAGUAGGAAUCCGACUAAACUGUAUUACUCUGUAUUAUUCUUUUUCCUUGUUGCACCAGCAGUGCUGCAUAUAUAUUGUGGUUAUGCCAGCAUAAUUACGCCAGUGUAUUUACAUUAUAACACUGGUAAGCAAAAGCAACCUUGUGGCAUCUGAAGUAUUCUAUAUAUUCCCUUAAAUCUCCAUGUUAAAAACCAUUGGAGGAAUUCCUACAUUGUCAUGGCCUCCGUGAUGUCACUUCCAGGGUGUUCACCCGGAUAUGACAUUAUGGCCUCCAGGUUGCUUCACUUCUCCCCUGGGCCCUGCCUCCAAAACACUCCCAAGGGUUGCCAGUGGAGGGCAGGCAACCCUACUUCCGUCCUGGCCCAGCAUGCUUAAAUCAAGGGCAAGACUGAUCUGUUUGUUAAUCCAGUUGUUGCAAGUUUGCUGAUUAUUGUGAAUGGAUCAAGCACUAGGAUUUAGCUUUAAAUGACACUUGGAAUUCUUUUUGGAAGACAACAGACCUCUUGUAUUGGCCUCUGUUUCAAUGGUAUUCAAAUUUUCAUCACCUUGCUCCCCAGGAGAUUUUAUUGGGCUAUGAUUGAGUACGUCUGAACUCUGGAGAUCUCAUGGAAAGUUGUCAGACCAUUCUUGCCUACCCUCACAGCAGUCCUGUGGGGUAGGACAGGCACAGAUAGAGAAAGAGAGAGAGAGAGUUUCUUUCAUCAUCUUAAAUACGAUUCUUACCGUUGCUAUGUGUUUUAUUGACUUACUAUGAAUCUGUUAGUGUUGUUCUAUUACUUCAGCUCUUUAAUGUCUUUUAAUAGUUUUAUGGUCUGUAAACGGCUUCAAAGUUUUCCUUAAGAAGGUAGCAUAGAAAUGCCA